AUGACGAGUACACCUAGUAAUGCAAUCAUUGAACAAUUGAAUCAAGCCCGUAAUUUGGCAUUUUCAAGUAAAGAAACAUUUCCACAGGUGUUAAGACAAAUCUUGCCCUUUGCAAGCAAUCCAGAUAUACAGAUUCAAAGAUGGUGUUCUAAGUUUUUUAAGGAAUCAUUUUUGGCUGAUGAAACAGUGUUAAGCAAGGCCGAUAAAGUUGAUUUGGCAAUAGACUCGAUCGAUAGUUUAAUAGUUUUGACAGAUAUUCGAGAUGCGGAUAUAUUUAGAGAAUGCAUUGAUACGUCGAUAGUAAUAUUCAGGUUAGUAUAUCGCUACGUUGCUGAAAACGAUGGAUGUGGUGACGUAUGGCAAAAAUUGAAUGAAUUGAAGAAUAAAUUAACAAACAAGUUUCAGAGCACAUUUCCUCUCACGCCGUCUGACGACGAAGAACACGACAUGGUACGCAGCAUAGAUUCUAAGUUGGAAACUUUAAAAUUUGUGAUGCUAGUGAUUGACUAUCAAUCCAAAUCCCCUUCCAAUAUAACCAGCUUUUCUUUGUCACAAGUCCAACCAAAUCAUACGCUCAUCAAACAGUCAAUAGAGGCAGAAGCAUAUGCCCUAGUGGACGUAGUGUUGAAAGUUCUUACCAACGAUAUACUCAUACCUCCAAUGGUCAGUGCAGUAUUUAACCAUUUUUCAGUUCUAGCAAGAAGAAAACCCCAGUUUAUCUCAAAAAUGUUGAAUGUUAUAGAAAAUUUUGACACCAAUACAAAAUUACAGUCAAAUUAUCAAACUGUUGACGAGUACAAGCUAUCUAAGAAAUAUGUUGAUAGAUGUAUGAGAAUUUUCUUAAACCAUUUAUUGAGAAACCAGCUAGUACCUUCUAAUUACACCUCAUCAUUAAACAAAAAAUUAACUCUCUUGGUAAAUCGUGGUGACGAGAUUAGAAAGAAAAACGUAUUACUGCCAUCACCAGAAGAUUCAAACAUCAAAAAACGUAAAUUUGACGGAUUUGUUAAUCCUUCGAAAAGGUGCAAAACAAACGACUACAAAAGCUUGUAUUGCCUAACUGACUCAACCAACGAGUUAAAUAAUUUUGAUCUUUCAACAUUACCACAGAACAUGUUGAUAUCAAUGGCAUUAGCAUCUCUUAAUAAGGUAAGCAGUAAUAAGUUAACCAAAGCGUUGGAUAUUAUCGGUGAGAGAUAUAAGUAUGCGGUGGCUAACUUUGCGCCUAUCGAGAUUAAGAAUGAACAGGAAAGAGAAUAUGAUGACGAAGAUAAUGAUAAUGGUGAUGACUAUGGCCCGGAAACGAACUACACCUUACCACCACCAAAGGACCUUUCUUAUCAAGACAAAAAAGAACAUAUCAAUUUGAUUAUUAAAAACUUUUUCAAAUUGGCAGACAAAAAUGUAUCUAAUGUCGAAGAAAAACAAGAAUUAGGAGGUAAAGAUACUGUGAACAAAGAAUUAACAAAGAUUGCUAUCAAAGCAUGGAAAAAAGAUUCGUGGUUCUUAUUAUUGACAAGAUUAGCCACUCGUGGUAUGAGGACAGUUGAUUCUACAAAGUCAGUUCUAGAUUCAGAAAAUGCUAAUGAUGUAAGCACUGAUGUUGCUCAAAAUGAAGAAUUGAGUGAUAUAAUAAGACAAUCUAUCUUUGACCAUUUCCUUGAUAAUGUUCACGCAAGGAUAGACUUGAUCAUCCAAUGGCUUAAUGAAGAGUGGUACAGUGAGAAGGUUUUUAAUGAGGACAUGUUGCACAAACAAUUAACAGAAAAAUAUAUGAAAGAAUACGAAUCAAAUCCUAUUGAAAAUGAUGCAGUUAGUGAAAGAGUUAAUAAGGAAAUUGAUGCUAUAGAAGUUCCAACUCCAACUUACAAUAAAUGGACUGGUAAAGUUUUAGACUCUUUAAUUCCAUUUUUGGAACCAAAUGAUAAAAAAAUCUUUAUCAGAUUAUUAUCUGACUUGCCUUACUUAGAUGAAGAUUUGGUCUCGAGAAUUAAAUCAUUGUGUUUUGAUCCAGUUAGAUCUAAGAUCGGAUUUUUAUCACUACAAUUCUUAAUCAUGUACAGACCUCCCGUAAAACUGGCAUGCAUAAAUAUUCUUGAAAACCUCUCAAACAGUGAUCAAGAGGAUCUUAAAGAAGAGGCGACUAAAUUGUUGAAAAAAUAUGAACAAUAG